UACUCGCUAAGUGCCUUGUCUUCUUCUGGUAAAUCCAAUAACUCCUGCAACCCUAAUUUUUUUUCAAGCUUCUACUUUAAAUCUUAAUCUAUUCAUUUUUCUUUACCUGAUUAACCAUAAUUGCUUUUAUGUGUAUCUGCUUGUAGCAUAAAUUAAAAUAUACUUCUGUUUGAUCAAUUAUUCUGCUUGUGUGUGUUCUUUACAGAUUGCAGCAACAAUGGACUGUGACUUGCCUGAUUCUAUUCUAUGGUUUAUCUUUAACAAGUUAUCUCUCAAGGAUCAAGUCAAAACUUCCCUAUUGUCCAAACACUGGCUUCACGAAUGGAAAGUAUCAUCAACACACCUCAACUUUAAUCUCUAUAACACACUUCACUCUAAUACACUACCAAAAGACCUUCCACUCUUUCGAAGCCUCCAAUCUCAAUUUACGUCAAGAUUGGAUCAAUCCGUGUUAAACUAUCAACACGCCACGGUCAGUUCAAUACGAGUAAAAUUUCCCUUGGGUGAUGAACACAGUGAUGUCAUUGGUAGAUUGAUUUAUCAAGGGAUUGCGAAGGGUGUCAAACAUAUUGAACUAUUAUUCUCCCAUGAAACUAAUGAUACUAAUUAUAAUUUGGAGCUUUAUAGAUUUUCCUUUAGUCUCUUAUCGAAUGCCGAUUCUCUAACAUAUUUGCACCUAGAAAACUGCCUCCUAGUAGCACCUACGGAUUUCUCUGGAUUGAAGAAUCUGAGAACUCUUGUCUUGCAACUAAUCGUUGUGUGGCAGCAUCUGCUUGAGAGCCUGUUUUCCAACUGCAUCCAUCUCGUAGACUUCACCCUUGAUAACUGUAAUUUCUAUUUGAGUACAACAAUAAAUAGUCCAACAUUGAUUCAUUUGAAAAUUGUUAGCUGCUCGAAUUAUGUAAAGAGUAUUGAUAUCGUUGCACCAAAUCUUGCAUCCCUUGAAUAUUCUUGGAAAGGUGGACACAAACUAAAUGUUGUGGCUCAUAGGUUAUCUCGAUUUAUCUACCGGGGUUGGACGAUAGGAUUGGAAGACCUAUCUAGCUUGACAAAUUUAACAACAAUUGUGUUGGAUGGACUUCACCUAUUUUGGUUCAUGCAAUUUUUGUUUGAAAAAUGUCUCCAACUUAAGGACGUCACCUUUAAAAACGGCUUAAUGUCGUAUGACAUGGAGAUUACUAGUACAAAGUUGCUUCAUCUGAAAAUAAUUGAUUGCCGCUUUGAGAGCCGCCACAAUAAGAUAUCUAUUGAUGCAGAGAAUCUGUCAUCCUUUGAGUAUAGUGGUCUCGCGGGUGAAUUUUCUAUUAAGGCACCAAAGUUAUCGAAAGUUUUUUGGAAUGCAGUUGUAAGAGAGAAAAAUCCAGAUUCCUUGGGUCCAAUUCCUGAAUUACAUCAGAUUGAGAAUCUAGCUAUAAUCACAAGUUAUUCACAUAUAUUAAAAUUAAAGGUCUUGGCUAGAUUUCAAAAUCUUAGACAAUUAGAGUUAUUUAUCGACGAAGGUUAUUAUCCUUCGAGGAAAAACUGUUUCAUUUUAGAUGUUUUAAUGGCUUCUCAACAUCUCCAAAAGCUUUUGGUGACGAUUAAACACACUUAUUGGUUAGGAUCUCUGAGUCAAAGAAAAUGUGCAAAUUUUGUUCACAAUGAAUUGAAGUAUGUUGAGCUACAUGGACAUGUAUCCACACCACAUGCAAUUGAGUUUGCUAGGAGCCUAUUGAGAAAUGUGAGUUCGCUUAAGAAAGUUACUUUCAGCUCUAUGGACAAAUUUUAUGUAGGUGCUGAAACAUGGACUAAGAGCUCAGAUAGUUUUUGUGAGUUUGAUGGUAAUUACAUUUAUGAGAGCCUUAAAGAUGAAAUUAAAGGACAAUGUGAGCUAAUCAUUUUGUAGUCUUGUUCUUUUAGUGAA